GUUUGUUUACGUCUUGUUAAGCAGGAGCCAACAAUUUCCCUGUUAUAAACAAGGAAUGCUUAAAGUAUUAAAAUGGUGGAUGAAAAUUCAAUUGUUAAUGGAAGAUAUGCUUACGCGCGUGAAUGCAAAUGGCCCAUUGAAGCCAUUGACAUACACCAUAUUUUUGUGAGAAGAAGCAGGGCAAAGCGCUUCUUCCUUUAUCUCUCUGUCGUCUUUGUUUUAUCAAAUUCAUUGUUUAUUUUUCUAUACAAGAGCGAAUCAAUUUCUAUGCUUUUGUGGAGCUUUGUUUUAAGUGGCUUCUUUGUUAAGCUGUCACUUUGGAAACCUGUUGAAAAAGAAUCUGUUAUAAUUAUGCCGGCUUUGGGAGUUCAACUUGAAACUCACUAUUUAAGUGGAAGAAUAAUACGCCGGUUUUUCCCCCUUGGAAAGAUUUUGAGACCUGUAUUGCUAGAAUGUGUGACUCCAAUCACAUGUUACUGGAGCCUAUCAUUAGUUGUACGUGAUGAAGGAGAGUUGACACUUGUGUUCAAGGAACUACGUCCACCAGUGAAGAUGUUAGUUCCCAUCUGGAAGGCUCUAUGUGCUACCGUUGAUGAUAAAAAAGGACCAGAUACAGAUGAUGGUUCAUAAUCUUAGAAGUGUAUAUCAGCAAUGUGAUAUAAUGAAGAAACACUUGUGCGCAAUACUCAUCAGGAUAUAAUUGGAGGUAUCGUCGUCGAGUUUGACCAACUUACUGUUGUCAAUUCAGCUACUCCACUAUAUCAUGACCUCUUGUUUGAGACUGUUGGAGCAAAUCUGUUUGUUGAACCUGCAGCAUAAAUCAAACUUUUCAGUGAAGAUGAACUUGCAGGCUUGAGUUCUGAUCAAGGUGAAAUGCAUCCGCAGACUUAACAAACUUCAAUGAGUUUCAUAACAUUGUACACUGACUGCUGGCAUGUACAUUUGCUUUACAAUCAAUGUGCAACUCCCUUAUGGUGCUGCUAGAGAUAGUUCAGGAGGCUUUACUUGGAUUUUUCAUGAUACUUUCUCUCUUAAUAGUAUCUUUUAGUUCAAUAGAAAGCUCAAAAAGUUUUGAUGU